AUGGCGAGUGCAAAUUGUGGUGCCUCAUGGAGUCGUGAGAGAAGAUGCGGUGGGGCUGAUGAGAGUUGGGGCAGUGGAAUGAGUGCCGACGGAAGCAUUCUGGAAGGAGCGUCGAGAAGGAUGAAGAAGAAGUUUGUUUCUCCAGUGUGCAAUUGCGGAUCAUACGCCAUUUUGUUCGAAUCUGGAACUUCAAAAAACCCUAGGAGGCUUUUCUUUGGUUGUUCCCAUUUUAAGAAGAACAGAGGACAUUGCAAAUACUUUGUCUGGCUAGAUGAGUAUGUUGCCUUAUUUUGUAUUGAUGAGGAGGUACAAGAUGCAGUAUCGGACUCAACGAAAAAGAUGGAAGAAAGAAUUGCAGAGAUAGAGAAGAAGAUGGAUGAGGUAAAAACCGAUGAAGUUAACAGUGGUGCUCUUAGCAGAUGGAAAGUGUUUGGGUUGAUCUUGUUGGGCAUUGUAAUAGGAAAGAGAUGUAGUAUUGUAACAGCUGCACAAUGUUAA